AAAACACUGUAUUAUUCUGAGUUUAUCGUGUUCGUCUGUCGCUUACUCAAAAACAGUCAAUUCAUUUUCUGCCUUAGAAACUAUUUCUUUUAUCGAAUCGACGUUUAACUCAAAUCUCCGUCGUUUUGUUUUCAGAUUUCUGCUCUUCUCUUCUCUUCUCUUCUCUUUCUCUUCUUCCACCGCCUUUUUUGCUAUCUUCUUCCUCCUUCGAUUUACGUCGGUGGAUCUUUCGUCAAAUGAUUGGUUUCCCGGCGAUUGGGAUUUUUGCAGCUCGUGUUCUUAACUAUCUCUGAGUGAAUGAUGGAUGAUGAAAGCUCCGUCGGGGAUGUGAGCAGGAUCAGUGAAGCCGAUGUUGCUGCUCACCUUCAUUUCAAAAAUGGUCAGCAAUCUCUUAAACCGGAGAACGUAGAGAUCCAUGAAACCAAAGAAGUGCAGGUUCAGAGGGAAGCCGUUUCUCCUGAUACCUCGUUUGGUGUGAUUGCAGAUUUUUUAGAUGGUAAGAUUGUGAAUCAAACGGAGAAUGCACCGUGUUCUAGCCAGCAGAACGCAGCAAAUGAUGGUGCGGGGGACGUGGUUGAGGAGUUGACUGUGAAAACUUGUGAUGGAUCGAGCAUGGCCAUAGUUGGUAGAUCAAGUAGUAGAGCUAGGUUAGAGAUCAACCGUAGUCAGCUUCAACAUCGAUUUCCGUUAAGCGGCGAUUUACCUAGUAGCAGUUCUAUGAGAAGUGCAGGCAAAUUGUCUCUGCCUGAGGCUUCGAAUGGAGAAGAAGAACAGGUUCUUGCUGUUAAUGGUGGAGCUAAUGAACGAAAUCCUGUUCCAGUAGAUGCAUUGUCCCAUGGAGGCAUCAAGACGAAGAUGUUAUCGAAGUCUGGGUUCUCUCAGUUUUUCGUUAAAAAGACAUUGAAAGGAAAAGGAGUCACAUUCAGAGGACCGCCACAUCAAAGAUCUAAAGCUAGCAAUCUGGAUCAGCAAGCUGUAACUAGUUCUUCUGGUAGCCCUUUAGUGAUAUCGAAUACUCCGGCAAAGGUUUCUAGCAGCAUCCCUUUGGCGGCGGCUAAUGAUGUGUUUCCUUGCUUGCCUGCCAAAGCCAAUAAUCCGUCUUCUUGUGCUAACCCGUCUUGUGCUAACCCUUCAGAUAUACAUAGAGGUUGUGGUGAUGAAGGUCUAAGUAUGAGAGAAUGGUUGAAGUCAGAGCGUCAGGAAGUUAACAAAGCAGAGUGUUUGUAUAUCUUUAGGCAGAUUGUGGGUCAUGUAGAGGAUGCUCAUUCUCAAGGAGUUGUUUUAUGUGACAUACGGCCAUCUUCAUUCAAAAUUCUCAAGGAAAAUGUGGUCAAGUAUGUGGGUUCAGGUUUUCAGCAACAGUCUUUCGACGGCGAUAUGAACAAAAGUACAUUAAGUCAACUCGAAAACCCUCUGGUUAGAAAGCGGUCAGGAGAUUCUGGAUUUUCUGCUAGUCCCUUUUUCUCUGCAAAGAAGCAGAAAUCAGGCGGAACAAGCUCUAGACAGUGGCCUAUGUUUCAACGAGCUGGCGGAGUCAAUAUCCAAACUGGGAAUGAUGAUGCGCAGGAACUUCAUUUCAGAUCCAGUCAAGCACAAAGUAGUACAGCUGCGCAUACUUUUACUUCAAUGAAUGAGCAGGUGGAAGAGAAAUGGUAUGCGAGUCCUGAGGAGCUCAGGGGCGAAACUCGUUCAGUCUCUUCAGACAUCUAUAGUCUGGGUAUUCUUCUUUUUGAGUCACAUAGCUGCUUAGUCAAUUUCAAUGUGAACGAGCUCGUGAGGCUGCAAUGUCUGAUAUCCGUCACCGGAUUCUUCCUCCCGAAUUUCUGUCAGAAAAUACAAUGGAAGCUGGAUUCUGUCACUGGUUACUUCAUCCAGAACCUUCAUGCCGACCAUCAACCAGGCAAUGAAAACUUUUUAGGCGUAGCUACAUUAAUUUUCAAGGACAUCUUGCAGUCUGAGGUGGUUAAUGGGGCUCCAGAUUUGCAGGCUGAAGGCAUAUUAUUAUCUAUUGAACAAGAGGACACGGAGUCUGAACUGUUGCAGCAUUUCCUUGUUUUGUCUGAAGAGCAAAGGCAAAAGCAGGCUGGCAAGUUGAUGGAAGAAGUUGUAUCCUUAGAAGCAGAUAUUGAAGAGAUUGUCAGAAGACGUUGUGCCAUAAGGCCUCUGUCUCUGGAAGGAGCUUCUAGCUCAUCGCCUGCUUCAAGUGUUCCUGAAAUGAGACUAAUCAGGAACAUUAAACAGCUUGAAAGCGCUUAUUUCGCAGCAAGGAUCGAUGCACGUCUCCCUGAAGCACGUUAUAGGUUACGCUCGGAUAGAGAUCUGCUAAGAAAUCAUGAUAAUGUCAUAUUCGAACUAGAAAAUAGCGAGACUUGGAGCUCAGAUGAUCGUGUUGGAGCUUUCUUUGAUGGGUUAUGCAAAUAUGCUCGAUAUACCAAGUUUGAAACUCGGGGGGUACUGAGGACCGGGGAGUUAAACAACACUUCAAAUGUGAUCUGUUCUCUGGGUUUUGAUCGAGACGAGGAGUAUUUCGCGACGGCUGGUGUGUCAAAGAAAAUUAAGAUAUUCGAGUUCAAUUCCUUAUUCAACGAAUCUGUCGACAUUCAUUAUCCAGCUGUAGAAAUGGCAAAUAGAUCAAAGCUUAGCGGCGUUUGCUGGAACAACUAUAUUAGGAACUACCUAGCUUCCUCUGAUUAUGAUGGUAUCGUCAAGUUAUGGGAUGUGACAACAGGACAAGCCAUUUCACAUUUCAUAGAGCACGAGAAGAGGGCUUGGUCUGUUGACUUCUCUGAAGCUUCUCCGACAAAAUUAGCCAGUGGAAGCGAUGAUUGUUCUGUGAAGCUAUGGAACAUCAAUGAGAGGAACUGCUUAGGGACAAUCAGGAACAUUGCAAACGUUUGUUGUGUGCAAUUUUCUCCAGAGUCCUCUCAUCUGCUAGCCUUUGGAUCAUCAGAUUUCAGAACCUACUGCUACGAUCUACGGAAUUUAAGAACUCCUUGGUGCAUACUGUCAGGGCACAACAAAGCAGUUAGCUACGCGAAAUUCUUGGAUAGUGAAACCCUUGUCACAGCGUCAACUGAUAACACGUUAAAGCUUUGGGAUCUUAAGAAAACCACUCACGGUGGCCUCUCAACAAAUGCUUGCAGCUUAACUUUCGGUGGCCAUACAAACGAGAAGAACUUCGUUGGUUUGUCUACUGCUGAUGGAUAUAUAGCGUGUGGCUCUGAGACAAAUGAGGUUUAUGCGUAUCACCGGUCUCUUCCUAUGCCCAUUACCUCGUACAAGUUUGGCUCCAUUGAUCCUAUAUCAGUGUUUGAAGUUUCCCUCAAAAGGGGUAAAGGAAAGAGAUAAUAGAAGAACACAAAUGGCAGCAAAAUGUUUGGUUAAUCUCAUUUAAUACUUGCGGUUGAAGUUUGAUCAGCGGUUAGGUGGUUAGACCGCAUAUACGUAGUAGUAAGGUAAGACCUUUUCUUUCUAAUGUAUUUUGUUAAUUUUUUUAUUUGCCUCUUAUAAGUUAUGAAACCAAAUUUCACUUUUGUGAUUGUAAAGUUGCUUCCCUAUAGAGAGAGUAUAGACCGUAAUCGUCUGUGAUGUAUAUAUAUAGUUGAUAUGAGUUUUUUACACGAAAAAAGUCAUUUAUGUUUUUGGUUACAACGAAAAGUGUGUAUUCGUUUUGGCGCCAACAUGUGUCAUUGGCUUAACACUAGUUCAUAUCAACUCGUCUUCAAGACUCAUGUAAUGAAUGAUACGUUUGUUAUUGACAAAAGUAAAUCUCCAAAAUGCUUAAUAAGGUUUUCAACUUGUCUUGCUCACUGAAGCUGCUCCAUCGUGGCUAUGGUCUUCACUUGGUAUCGAGAACUUCUUCACUUUCUUGGAGAGAACACACUCUCUGAGAGAUUGCAUGAGACGAACGCACUUCUCUUGAUCGAACGGCGAUUCCGAAACGCAGUUGAGAAGAUUCACAGCUUCUUGGCCGCAAAUUGGUUGGGGAAGCUUUUUCUCCAUGGAAGGAAUAAUUUAAUUAAUAAACCCUAAAGUUAAAAGGUUUCUGCAAAUAAAAC